UCCGCAACAACCUACAAAAAAAUUACCAAAAUUUUCUCUAACACUUUUAUAAAUUUUUCUAAUGUAGUUUUAUCUCUCAUUUUUACAUUUUAUCGCAAAUAAUGGGAAAGGCUAAGAAAACGCGGAAAUUUGCUCAGGUUAAACGACGACUCUCUUCCAAAGAUCCCAAACUAAGGGUGAAUAAGGAAAUUGAGAAGAAGGAAGAGGGCCCAAAACUAACACAAUCAAAUGUUGUUCAUUCUGGGAUGUUUUUUAAUUAUAAUGAGAAUUUGGUUCCGCCGUUUCAGGUCAUUGUCGACACCAACUUCGUCAACUCCUCCAUUCAAAAUAAACUCGACCUUCACAAAUCCAUGAUGGACCUGCUACUCUCAAAAUUUACUGCAGCAGAAAUUGAGGAAAUUUUCCUCGGUAUAAUAUGUGUGACGGAUUGUAUAAUUGGUGAGUUGGAGAAGUUGGGGCAUCGUUACAGAUUAGCUUUACAGUUGGUGAAGGAUCCCAGGAUUAAACGGCUUAAAUGUACUCAUAAAGGAACUUACGUCGAUGAUUGUAUUGUAGAACGAGUUCAGUUGCACAAGUGUUACAUUGUUGCAACUAAUGAUAAGGAUUUGAAGAGGCGGAUACGGAAGAUACCCGGCGUGCCAAUUAUGUACGUGAAACGACACCAAUACCAAAUCGAACGCAUCCCCCUCUCAAUCACAUCCAAAUAACCCACAAACUCACUAUAAUAUAUUUACUUCA